UGUUUAUUUCAGGCUACAAAAGCAGGACACACUGCCAGUCCCAGUGAGAUUGUGAAGAAAAGCUUUGAAUCCACAAAUGGAUCGUUGGAGUGGAGUUUUGAGAGUGCCAUUGCAUCAUAACAGUGGGACAUACCAUAGAGUUGGUGCAUCGCUCUGCCUUUCUCCUGAAACCAAAACCCUGAGGGUACCUGUAGCGAAUGCCAUCUUCUUCUGUGGUGAUCAAGUCGAAGGGACUGGUAAUCCAGUGAUUGAAAGGCUAUCAGACUUACAGAAACUAUCUGAAAUUGUUGUUUCCAAAUUUGGUUCUUUCAUCAAUGCUUGGGUUAUUGAGGCUUCUGUUUUCAAUGGACCUUUUGCUGUCUAUAAGGACUUCAUGCAAUCUGUGAAUCAAUAUGGAGAGCCAAUGUCAUAUCAUCCAACUGGGUUCCCUGCAUCUACAUCGACUGUCUCACUCUUAUCUAACUGUCUUGAAGAAGUGAAAGAAGUCAUUUUGGGAAGGCAAGUAGAUACAAAACCUGACUGCACUUCUUCCUCCAGUUUUAACCAGCCCAAAACAUUCAUUCUUGGAUUUAGCAAAGGUGGAGCUGUACUUAACCAGAUAGUUACUGAGCUUGGCUUCUCAGAUAUUGAAUCUAAUGUGAACUUACCUGAUGUGGGACAACCUAUGGUAAAAAAAUCCAGUGGGUCAGAGGAGAUUUCUAUAGUACCUAAUACAAAGGAAUGCUUACUGAACAGCAUCAGUGAGAUUCAUUAUGUUGAUGUUGGUUUGAACUCUACUGGGGCAUAUUUAACUAACCAUGAUGUUUUUGAGAGAAUCUCCAAAAGGCUCAUACAAGGAGCCCCUCAACUCCGCUUUAUCCUUCAUGGAACUCCAAGACAAUGGAGCGACAAACGGCGAGUUUGGAUAAGGAAUGAAAGGGACACAAUGCUGCAUUUGCUUGAAUCUGAAGCCCAUAAGAGUAGGGGGAAAUUAGAAGUGUGUACAAGGUAUUAUUUUGCAGAUAAGUCUCCAAGUAUGCAGAUGCACUUUGAAAUAAUUGAAAGUUUAGACGUAAGUUAAUAAUUCAUAUUUCAUAGGUCGAAUGAAAAAUGUCCUAAUCAUCUGGUUGAUUGACACUAUCUAGUGUUCUGUUGGAUUGUUCAAAAAUGGAAAAAGUGAAUUUCACUAGUAUUCCCUUUAGCUAAGCUAGAUGGUGAUUCAAAUCUCACAAGAUGUAUCACAUGUAACAUGAA